CUCAGCCUAUAUAACCAGACUCGUCAUUCGUAGAACCACGUUCUACGCUCAAGCGAGUUGAUCGCUGGAUAUCAAUCGGUUACUGCUGUAGCACCGCAUCUGAGUUAUGUCGAUCACUGGACCACCGGUCACGGCAUCCUUACCGGAGGGAGGCCGAACGCUUGUUUAUUCUACCGUUGACGAACAUGAUAUCAAACUGGACUACUAUUUACCACCUACGGCCAACGGAAGCUUGCCGGCGUUCAUUUACUAUCAUGGCGGUGGAAUGACAUCGGGUUCGCGACGUGACAGAGCGUUUCCGCAGUGGUUAUACGAUCAUUGUCAACUACACGAGUACAUAUUCAUAUCGGCAGACUACAGGCUCUGCCAUCCAAGCACCGCUCUCGAUCAAAUCGACGAUGUGAAAUCUCUGUUCAACUUUCUUGCAGGAGGCUUCCAGAAGCAGCUUCCGGAGAAUGUGUCCCUCGAUACCACCCGCAUAGCUGUCUCGGGAUUUUCGGCGGGCGCGUAUCCCGCUCGUGCAGCAUGUGUGUACGCAAGUCCAAAACCAGCUGUCCUGAUGACCGUCUAUGGCACUGGCGGCAACCUUCUUCUCGACCAUUGGACGACUGGUCGACCGCCGACAUCUAUAGCCAAGUUUGUGGAUCUCGAUAGCGUUCCAAAACUACUUGCGGAUAAGACUAUUGUGAGUGACGACUUGCCAGCCAGUGGCUUUCUCUCCGAACGUUUCGCACUUACAGUGCGUUGGGAACUCGACGGCACCUUCCUAGACGGGUGCUUCGGAGAGCCCGGGCUUGGUAAGAUGUUGAACGAAGUUGCGUAUGCACAACGACCUGCAGCUAUACCCGAGGGUAUCAAGCCAGGAUUUCUGCAAUUAUUCAUAGCAGAAAAUUACCCCCCUUCUGUCUUCGUGCAUGGUACAGCAGACGAAGUAGUUCCUGCUGAAGAAAGCGUGGAGCACUAUGAGCAACUGAAGAAGUUGGGCAUCAAAACAGAGUUGUUGCUUGUAGAAGAUGGCGGACAUGGUCUCGUCGACUUUGGUUCCGGAUUCCCACCGAAGCCGGCGAAGAGAUCCAUGGAGGCAUACGGAAGGGCUCUAGAUUUUAUUGCAGAAGCCUUCAAUGCAUCUAAAUAGCCCAGCGCCGACAUGUAUAGACUAAAUAUACUGUAAGUAACCGAUCCCGAAUGCUAUUGACUAGCUAGUUCUACGAAGAAUGAUGUAUCAUGCUUCGAGCCGCCACGAAGACGCUCGUAGAUGUGGACUGCUGGAGCUUUGCAAUGCCCUUGUAACUCACUGCCAUAUUGCUUGGAGCUGGUAAGACGGGGGAGUACAUAUGGAAAGCUCGCGCAUGACACUGCUGAAUUUGGACUUUGCGCCGAUCAGCAUAUCCGUGCCUUGAACUUCAUCAACACGUUGUUGGGUCUUGUUGAGGAUAUUUUGAACUUAGUUCCUAAUCUAUAGUUAGUACGCCCGGUUCUAUGUUCUCUACAAGGCCGCGGCCAAGCUUGUAGGUGAUUAUUUGAAGAUUUAC